AUGGCACCAUCGAUACGCCCAGGCGCGCAAUGGCUCGACACCGCCGGAACGCCGAUCGACGCUCACGGCGCCGGCCUCAUGCUCGACACCGACGGUCGGAUCUGGUGGUACGGCAGCCAGCGCCAGGGCCACCCGUGCAAGCUGUGGAACUGUCGCGACGGCGGUAUCAACGCAUACAGUUCAUCGGACCUCUAUGCGUGGCGCUUCGAAGGCCUCGUCGUGCCAGCGUUCAACGACACCAACCCGCGAUACACGCGGAAUGGGCUGCUCCUCGAGCGGCCCAAGGUGGUGCGCUGCACCGCCAGGCGCGACUACGUGAUGUGGGUGCGCGGCACGGCGCCGCGGAACGAGCCGCAAGCGCUCGCCGUGCUGCGCGCCGACGCACCGGCGGGCCCGUGGCGGCUCGUGCGACAUUUCCGCCACCUCGGGCCGCGUAAGCUCUACCAGUACGCGGAUGCCACGCUCUUCCAGGACCCGCGCGACGGCGCGACGUACGUCUACUGGCGCACGCAGGUGUACCCGGUGCGCGACCGACGGCUCGGAUUCCACGCGAUGCGGCUGAGUGACGACUGCGCCGACACGGUCGACGGCUCUGACACGCAGAUCUUCGUCAGUGCGCACCACGAGGCGCCUGCGGUCUUCUUUGCGCCACCGUCCGUCGCGCGCAGCGCCGCCGGCAACAACGGCGAUGGCACAUACUACCUCUGGACGGGCGGCACCAACGGCUGGCGGCCGGCGCCGGUCCGACUGCACCGCGCCUCGUCGCCACUCGGCGCUUUCAACGGCUCUGAGCUCGCGCCGCCCAUGCCCGAGCCGCGCAUGCCGGGCAACGCGCCGCCCGCGCAGCCGGGCGCGUGGGCCUUUGGCAGCCAGUGCACGUUCUUCGUCUACGUGGCAGACCGGUGGGACACGCUCAAGGCGCACUUUGGACGAUACGUGUGGCUGCCGCUGUACGUCGACCCGCUCGACGCGUCGCGCGUGCUCGUGCGCUGGGCGAGCGAGUGGCGGCUCGACGAGGAGUGCUCGCCUUUCGUCACGCCGCCCGACGGCUCCGACCCGCUGGCUGCGUGUGGUUGGCACAACAGCUCGGUGGAACGCCUAAAGGUCGUGCGACCCGCAGAAGUGCGGCAAAAAGUGCUGCGAGAAGCGGCGGAGCGCGUCGUCCGGGCGGAACCGAUGAUCGCCCCGCAGUCCCAGCAAAAUUGCGCUUGGCCGCAGUGA